CGGAAAAUAAGAAUUGUUUCCGGAGUCCUUCUUCGUAGACCCUAGCCAGCGAUUCUUGUUGUCACUCAGGCCUCAGCACCUUUUCGAGUGCUCACAUACAUUGACGAGAUAGAGCUACCUUAGUGUCGACCAGGUAGUCAACAGCCGGAAUCUCCAACCGCCUUAGUUUUUGGGGCGGAGCAAGGAUGUCCCUGUCCCAACCACGCCCGACGACGCUGAACUUCAUCACGGGAAACGCGAACAAACUCGCCGAAGUCCAGGCGAUUCUGGGGGAGGUGCGGAAUCUGACAUUGCAGAGUCGCAAUGUCGAGGGUGCCGAGAUCCAGGGCACCAUCGAGGAGGUGGCUAGGGAUAAGUGUUCGAGGGCUGCGGAGGUGGUUGGAGGACCCGUAUUGACCGAGGACACUGCUCUAGAGUUUCAGGCUUUGAAGGGCUUGCCUGGGCCGUACAUAAAACACUUCCUUGGUGCACUCGGCCACGAAGGGCUGAAUAACAUGCUGGCCGCGUACCAAGACAAGACCGCCUUUGCUGUAUGCACCUUCGCAUAUUGCGCUGGACCGGGACAUGAGCCGAUCUUGUUUCAGGGGCAGACGAGGGGAAAGAUCGUGCCUGCGAGAGGGCCGCCAAACUUUGGCUGGGACCCGGUUUUCGAAUACGAGGAUAAGACGUAUGCUGAGAUGGACAAGGCUGAAAAGAACCUGGUCUCCCACAGAGGCAAAGCUCUGGAGAAACUGAAAGUCUGGCUUGCUGGUGGUGAGCUGGAGCCUUGAACUAGUGGUCGCAGUUGGACAGCAGGGACGCCCGAGUCGGAAGAAAAGAAUGGCCUGGCUUAUCCGAUGGCUGGCGACCCGGAAUCGAUCAGGCAUCGCCCUGUGGACACACUCCAAAUGGUAUCUGCAAGGGUAUUCAUCGCCGUCUCAGUCUCCGUUCUCUUGUGUUCCCUGAUCUUUGACCCAAUUUUUAAUCCAUUGCAGCACUCUCUCUGCAUUCUCUUCGAUAUCCUCGGCUCCCACACUGUUCAACUCGACCACCUGGCCGUCCUCACCCCAAGCCUCACGGGCUUCCUCACUCACGACGGCGAAUAUUUCAGCAUCCAUAUUCUCUUGUACCUUUUCG